AUGAAAAAAGAGUCUGAUAUUACACCUAAUUAUUUAGCUGAAUAUUCUGAUACUAUUGAAGCUUUGCCACUUGAAUUACAACGAAAUUAUACUUUGAUACGACAAUUAGAUGAAAAUGCAGAAGAUUUGAUGAAUCAAGUUCAGAAAGAAUCUGCAGCUUUAAUAGAAAUUAAACAAAAACUAUCAUUAGAAGAGAGGCGAUCUCGAUUAGAGCAUAUUGGUCAACUAUUGAAUGAAGCUAUAAAAAAAGGAGAAGAGAAGUUUGCAUUAGCUAAAUCUACUUAUGAUACAGUAAAACAUUGUACACGAUUAGAUAAUGAUUUACAGAAAAUUGAAGAUGAACAACUAAUAGGCCCAGGACGUGCGACUAUGAAUAAUACGACUACUACUAAAACGACAUCAAGUGAAAUUUCAAAUCGUAAAGUAUUAUCUGCAGUCAUAGAAAAUAUAACAGAAAGAAAACAAACAAGUGGAAAUAGAAAAAGGACAAGAAAAGCACGAGCAAAUAGAAAUAUAAAACAAGAUGAAGAAAAUGGCUUAUCAACAGAAGAUGCAAUGCAACAUGCAAAAGCAGCUGCAUCCCUCAGUGAUUUACCAAUUGAUCCCAACGAACCACUUUAUUGCUAUUGUAGUCAAGUAUCUUUUGGUGAAAUGCUUGCUUGUGAUAAUCCAGAGUGUGAAAUUGAAUGGUUUCAUCUGGAAUGUGUUGGCUUAAAGACACCGCCUAAAGGCAAAUGGUACUGUAAAAAUUGUGCACCAGAUCUAAAAAAGAAAAGAAAAUAUUAA